CACCUCUCGACCUUUUCGGAGACGGGCUGUGUUCUUUUUUCUGCUGAAGAUCCCUGCAUGUGUUGUUGUCGCAGUCCCUAUUAACAGAUGCUAUGGUCUGAAUCGCACUUACAGCCUUUUCUUAUUCCAUGCACUGCUGAGUGACACAGACGGGUGACUGCUUCUUAUUACUCUCCGACGAUGACUUACCCUUCGCGCUCAAGCCCGUAUGCUGGGAGUGCUUCAGACUCCGAGUAUCUCAACGCUCAGCCUCCGCCAUACACGCAGCCCGAUAGCAAUGCCAGAUAUCUCUCGAAAAGUCCAGCGGCGAACGCGUCCGGGUUCUACGAGAAGGGCGCCACGACUUCAAGAGGAAACCCUAAGAACUGGUCUCGAAAAUGCUGGAUCAUUUUGGCCGUUUGUGUUAUAAUUAUUGUGAUCAUUGUCAUUGUUGUUGCUGUCGUUGUUACUCGAGAGAAUCGAUACCCAGACUAUUCCACCUUGAAUUAUUCGCUGGUCGACACAUUUUCUGGAUCCAGUUUCUUCGACAAUUUCGAUUAUUUCACCGGCUACGACCCAGCAGCAGGUUUUGUGCACUAUGUCGAUGGCCCAGGAUCAGUCGCCUUGAAUCUGACCUACGCCACUGCCACAUCGGCUGUUCUCCGAGUCGACCUCUCCGAUACUGACACGACUACUGGUCGCAAAUCGGCAAGAGUGACCUCGAAGAACACCUACAAUGACGGCCUCUUCAUCUUCGAUGUUCUUCACUCGCCGUAUGGCUGCUCAACAUGGCCAGCCUUGUGGCUGUCGGAUCCGUCCAACUGGCCCACCAACGGCGAGAUCGAUGUCAUGGAAGCAACCAAUCUUGCACCGGAAGGAAAUCAGGUCACGCUCCACACCACCAAAGAUUGUAAGAUGGGUGUUAAACGGAAGGAAACUGGUAAAGCGCUCACAACGAAUUGUCUCAAUUCCACCGACGGGGAUAGUGGCUGCGGUGUACAGGGCUCUACUGCCACUUUUGGAGAGGACUUCAACAACAAUGGCGGUGGUGUCUACGCUAUGGAACUCAGGGAUGCUGGCAUCCGAGUGUGGUUCUUCGAUCGUGACAACCUCCCCUCUGACGUUACCACAUCCACAUCCAACUCAACGGACGUUAUCCCCGAUCCCUCGACAUGGCCUGAGGCUCUGGCAGAUUUCCCAAGUACAGAAUGUGACAUCGGAAGCCAUUUUCGAAACCAAAGCAUCAUUGUCGACAUCGACCUGUGCGGAGAUUGGGCCGGACAGACGCAAUACUACAACACGCAGUCGGGUUGUCCAGGCACGUGUGUGGAUUAUGUGAGCAACCAACCUGGUAGUGCCUAUUCCAACGCCUACUGGGAGUUCGGCAGCUUCAGAGUUUACCAAGCAGCCUGAACAGUAUAGGGGCUCGAAAUACGUAUCCAUUGAUUGUACUGCGAUGCUCUGUCUGCAAAAAGGGGCUAUUAUAUUCAUGUUCUACAUUGGUGCUUCUUGCGAGUCCUUCAACCCACUUUGUCCCAUUUACUCGCUAGGUGUCACAACUGCCUCUGAGACAUGGAUGAACGCCAAUGACAAUAGGGGAGUCCUAUUAACAGUAUAAUUCUACAGCGCCAAGAAGAGCUGCCGUCAUCUCCAGAUGGGUAAGACAAGAAACACAACCUCCAGCACUGCGGUUGCAAUGAGAGAACCAGCAACACUCUGGAUGACGAUCUUCCGUUGCAAUUGACGGAGUCCAUAGUCUUUCACUUUGAUCUUCCGUUCGAAAAUCAUCAUCUUUUUGGCGAACUUGACCAAGCUCCAGCGAGCGCUGCCAGCCGUUUUGAUACUGCCGCUGUCUGACAGCCGCUCCCACGGCAACUCCUGCCGACGAGAGAAGAGCAGAAGCAGGAAGCAGGAACCUCUCCAGCCGGCCAACAGGAACGAAAAGCCAAUGAUCCAGAAAGGGGCGGAAGCAAGGGCCCUCCAUCUGGAGGAGUGAUGGAUCGAAGGCGAGGCAAAUGCGAUGAGAAGCAUGGUCAAGAGGCCAAGCGUAGUGAACAGGAUGCCGACUAUGGUUACCAUGCACAGUGUCUCGAACGUGCCAUUCUUGACGCCCAAGCGGAUGAAGUUGCGGUGCGAACAGUUGCGGAGGAGAUAGUAGACGUGGUCGGCAACGGGUGCCAGGGAGGCUGGUGAAUCGGAAGUCGCAAGGCCGGCCAGAGCUUGGGUGCGCAUGCUAGGUGGAAUGUUCAGCUCUCUGGCUGAUUGUGACGUGAGAAACAGUGCGACGAUGUUCUGGAGCUCUGCGCGGUUGGAGUACAUUCUUGUCAGAGUCCUGUCGGAGUUGUGUCGUGGCCAGAAUGCUUUGCAUCGUUUGGCUUCCUGGGAAGUCACCAGGGUCUCGAUGUACUGCUGAAAAUCUGGAGGGAAUGUCAGUCCUUGUUGUCUUUUGUGCAGGUCCAGACACUGUACCAGGAUCCUGGCCGCCUUGGUCCACUUCCUCAAGUGCAACCCCCGAGUAGGAGUAUGGGCCAGACUUUUCGGCCCCGGGCGUAACGAGCAACGGC